CGUCUUUAGCGCGUCUCCGCUCCACUCGCGUAUUAACGCACGCGUCUGUCCCCAAACCCCAAACCGAACCGAACUAAACCCGAGUCCAGACCCGAGCCCGAACCCUGGAGCAGCUGUGACGGGACCAUAGCGGGACAAAGAGCAGGACAGACCCGAGGAGAGGACAGAGAAUGCGGCGGGGAUAGCAGCGCUGUAACGGUGUGCACGGAGUAAUCCCGUGUGCAUGGCUCUGCAGCGCCGCCUGCUGGUGGGGCUGGGGACCGCCUCCUCGGUCUUUAUCGUCUAUCUGCUGUGUCUGCGCCUCGACUCUCCGCUCAGUUUUGUCCGGCAAACAGAGACGAUCAGUUUUGGCGUGAAUUCUGUAGAACACUCUUUCUCCAAAUGGCUACAAAAACUUUCACCAGAGCAUCUGAAGGAGACGAACAAGGAGACGAACAAGGAGACGAACAAGGAGACGAACAAGGAGACGAACAAGGAGACGAACAAGGAGACGAACAAGGAGACGAACAAGGAGACGAACAAGGAGGCGAGGAAAGGAAACGAGGUUGCAUUUCAGGAUGGCACUGAAGACGCCAGUACUGCAAACGCAAAGGACAAAAGUACUACAAGUAAUGGUACUGAAAAAAAUACGACAGUAAAACCAACCACUCCAACAUUCACUACUCCAGCCGGGGCCAGAACUACCACUAAACCGGGAUUUAACCAGACUACACCAGGAUCUGAACCAGAACCUAAACCAGAACCUAAACCAGAACCUAAACCAGAACCUAAACCAAGACCCACCGAGCCCCCGUUCAUAGGAGACUCAUACUACAGCGAAGAACAUCCUCCUCUGACGAGCUGUCCCCUCAGCAUCCGUAAACUGGUCUCACAGACGGACUUUGGGACCCGGUUUAGACCUGAUGUCCCAGUCCUCCAGUGGUCCAAACACCUGAGUCAAGACCAGUACGAGAGACUCAAGCAGUACCCAGGGGCGCACGGCUGGGGCGGACUCAGCUAUCAGACUCUUCUAGACACGCUCUCUGCUCUGGACUCCCCCGUCUCGGGCCUGCUCCUGGACGACCUCCCAUUGCGCCUGAACGCCUCGCAGUGCGUCCGGUGCGCCGUCGUCGGCAACGGAGGAAUCCUCAAAGACUCACACAAGGGCCCAGAGAUAGACCAGCACCACUAUGUGUUCAGGACUAAUGGAGCGAUCAUCAAAGGUUUUGAGCAGGACGUUGGCUCUAGGACGACUCACUACACGUUCUCCACCAACACUCUGAGGAACUCUCUGAGGAGCUACGGAGGAGCGGGGUACAGCAAACCGCCACAGAGCAAGGAGACCCGCUACAUUUUCCUCCCGGACCACGACAGAGACUAUUUGCUCAUGAAGGCAGCAGCAACACACUCCCGAGUCCAGAGUGGCCCUGAAAGCAACAUCGACCCGGCCCAGUUCUUUGGCGCUGACGUGACGAAGGAGAAACUCAAGAUGUACCACCCCGACUUCAUCAGAUACCUCAGGAACAGGUUCCUCCGAUCGAACGCUCUGAAAACCAAAUACAAGAACAUCUACAGACCCUCCACUGGAGCUGUGAUGCUGUUGGCUGUUCUGCACUCAUGUGACCAGGUGAGUGCGUACGGCUUCAUGACUCCAGACUACAUGAAAUACUCGGAUCAUUACUAUGAUAAAUCCUUCCACCCUGUCGGAUUCUUCAUAAACCACGACCUGCGUUUGGAGAUGUCGCUAUGGCAACAGCUCCACCAGGCGGGCCUCAUACACCUGUACAUGCACCAAGAAACAAGCCCAAAUGAGGUCUGAACCAGGACCGAAAAUCAGGACCGAACCACAACCGCACAAUCUUUGGAUCCUUUGAAUGUCCUUUUGGCAACAGUCCAUCAGCCUGAUAAAUACAAAUGCACCAAGAACCAGGUCUGAAUUCUAGACCUGCAAGUCUGGUCCAGAGUCCAAGACCACAACCAAAGACCGACAAAUGGUUCAGUCCAGUCCUGGUUUAAUCCAGUUUAAUUUCAGUCUGAGUUUAGUCUAGUUUGUGUUUAUCUCCUCGUAUUUCCACUCCUUUUAUUUAUUCUUUUAUUUAAGUGUUUUUCGAGCGGCUUCACAAAUUCUGCAGAAAGCCACUAAUCCUAUGUCAUUGUUCCUUUUUGUUUGUGUUAUAUUUAAUGAUUACUUUUAAAGUGUAAAAGUUUCAGAAGAUGCAGAGAUGCUAACGGUGAUCAGCUCUGAACCUGUGAUUUUUGGAUUUUCAUGAAGGAAUUCAGUCCCAGACACAUUUAUUUAUCUUUUUUUUAGUUUAAACGAUGCAGAAAUCUCUUUUCAGUGUAUAUUUUGCACAUAACUGUUUUUAUUUUACGUGUUUAAAGCUUUUAUGAGCUGCAUUUAUCUGCACUCGUUUGAUCACAGUGGACUAAACUGGAGUUAUAGGAUAUUGCAAAAAACUGUUUUAGAAGUGGUUUAGACUGUUUAAUUGUGGUUUAGUCUUGAUUUAGACCUGGUUUAGACCUGGUUUAGACCUGGUUUAGACCUGGUUUAGACCUGGUUUAGACCUGGUUUCGUUCUGGUUUAGACCUGGUUUAGACCUGGUUUAGACCUGGUUUACAGUCUUAAGUCCCGGUCAGAUCUUGUUCCUCUAAAUGUCAGUGGAACAGUUGACUGUAAGCUGAGCUCAUAAAGCUUCCAUUAAGAUCUGGGUCCAGUCCGGGAUUUGGUUUAAGUUCUGGUUUAGUUCUGGUCCCUGGAGAGAAACUGGAGUCAAGUCUAAACAAUACAGAGACCAGAGCGAAAGGAAAAGGCAAAAGCAGGGCUAAAGCAGGACUAGACCUGAACCAGGACUGAACCAGGACUGAACCAGGACUGAACCAGGACUGAACCAGGACUGAACCAGGACUGAACCAGGACUAAACCAGGACUAAACCAGGACUAAACCAGGACUAAACCAGGACUAAACCAGGACUAAACCAGGACUAAACCAGGACUAAACCAGGACUAAACCAGGACUAAACCAGGACUAAACCAGGACUAAACCAGGACUACUACCAUGUCCAGUUAUGUUUAACAAAGUGCUUAUUUGGUCUGAUUCUUUUAUGUUAAGUGCCUUGUAUUUUUUCGCUGUUUGGGACAAAUUCUUGCCACACUUUGCCAUUUUGUGCCUUAUUUAUUUCAAAAUUUAAAAUUAAAUGAAAACCACUCUAGCUCUGUUUGUGCCUCUGGAUUCCUGCAGAAACCAAAGACGUUUCAGGGACAAACCUCACUCCAAUGUUUAGUAUUUGGGGAAAAUUGUGCAAUUUGUAAGUUUGUAAGUUGUAAGUUUUUAUAGCCAAAAUAUAAACUGUGAUUUU